GUGGCCGCGCCCUCUUCAGACCCCGGGAGCCGCGAUGAUGCCGGUCGGGGACCCUAGGUGGAGCUGAAGCCACCGAGGCUGAGAAGAGGCUGACCCUGUCCGGGCCGAGCACGGAGCCCUGUCCACCCAGCGGGGUGCUGGGGUCCCACCGUCCCGUUUCUGGCCGUCAGGGUGCGCACUACUGGCUGGAAGCUGUGAACUCAGAACCUCCAGCCCCUUACGGGAAUGUUCAAAAAUGAGUAUCAGGGAGGCGCAUUUGUUGAAAUCUUCAGUGCACAGGGGAAAAAUCCUGGAGCAAGAUGGAAGAUCCUUGGCAGUCCCUCUGUGAUUUGGAAAGAGUUUGAUAAAGAAGUUAAAAGUUUUGUGUUUGUCCUGGAAGGCAGCAGCCAAACAAACAGAAUUCAAUUACCGAAGGAAAAUAAGCAAAUCCUUGGACUGAUCCAGAGGUUUCUUGUGCUUCAGAUUUAUGUGCCCCUGGGACAGGACUUCUCUACUGAAUUGCUAAUUACUGAUUUAGGGAACAUUAAAAGAAGAUUAUAUUUAUCGACAGUCCACAAGGAAUUGUCCUCUACCCCUCUUCAUGCAAAAAUCCCACUCUUCAUGAUCAAGCGCAAAAUUUGGUGCAAUCUGUGCAUUGACUUGGUAGCAUUCACCAGUGAAAUAUUCAAGGGAGCUGUCUUCCAGUCAUUGGAUGGAAUUAUUGUCUCAGCUAACUGUAAGCUGCGUAAGAUCUUCACUUUAAAAUCCAAGCCUCAAGACACAGCUGAUAAAGAUGCUGUAUAUGGUGUUCCGUUUCCAACAGAUGAACCUACUGACGUUAUUCCCCGAAGCUGCCAACUAGCACGAGAUGUGCCCCAUGUCACACUGCUGCUCAACAUGACCAAACUCCGCCAAACAGAGAUAAAAUUUGGAGGUCAUCCUCUGAGUUCAGCAGAAUCAGAUCAGUUCAUUAACAGAGGAGCAGGUAGCUUGUGGGGCAGUAGAAGUCAAGAUGUUUGUCAUAUCGCCUUUGGAUCCAGAGUUCUUGGACCUCCUCCACUGUCCGGCAGAAGGAAUAACAUGAAGCUAUCCAGUGAGACACUAAAAUCUGUUGGAUCCAGAAAUCACCGAUCAUCCCAGCAGUCUGCUGUCGAUAAAUGUGUUAACCAUGCAGAGAAGUCACCCUUGCUGAUACCCGACUGUGUGGAGCAAGGAGAUAAAGAAAACAUUUGCCAAAUAAGGCAGCCUGUGCCUAUUCAUGCCAUUCUACCCGUUAUGAAUCCACAUCCCCCUGAAGAACCAUCAGCAGAUAAGAUAAACAGAAGAAGAUUCCGGUUAAAAGGUACCAGCAGGGAAAGGACAGAUACACCCGGCGGAAGUUCUUCAGGAAAUGACAAGAAGGAAGGAGAUAAAGCGCCAUCCCUCCUGGCGACUGGGACCCAGGAAAGCACGGCGGGGAUGACGCCCUGCACCGCAGAGCCCCUGGCAUCUGAUCCAGCAGAUGAGUGGAUAUUUCCUGGAAGUGGCGACCAUGCUCCCCGUUUGGCAUGCAGCACAGAGUCCCCACUUCUGGAUGGCAACUCCUGCAGGCCGUCCCACCUGUGGCUAGCAACCAGCCAGGAAAUUGAACAGGACUUACAGGUAGAGAGAACCCAGAGCAUUCAAGAGGACGUUUUCACCUUCUCAUCAAGACCACGGUCAGCGCCUCGUGGAAAGACUCCGAAUGUGUCUCCUGAGGGGUGCCCAUUUGCUGUGGAUCUGAACGAGGACAUCGGUGUGACAAGGAGAGAUACCCAGCUGGAGGAUGAUUUUUACAGUGCUGACAGCAGCGAAGAGGGUGACGGCAGUCUCCAAGGUUCUCCAGGCCCCACAGCUAGUCCUCGAGGGUUAACUCAGUUAACUGUAGAGAGCUCACUGGGCAAGGCUGCGAGGUGGACAAGGAGAGGAUGUGUGCAGAGUGCCCCCACUGGAGCCAAAGCCUCAGGAAACUGGGAUUCUUCAGCAAAGCAAGAAGACAGAAAUGACCUUGAGAGGAGUUUGUUGCCUGCACCGUGUCUCUCUCCCCCUGGAAGAAGGUGUGGAUCCUCUCAGAAAACUCCCGACCCCCUUAGCAAAGCAGAGGACCUUCCAGUGCCUGCUCCACUAAGCAAAGCCUCCUUGAAGGAAAUCUCAUCGGAGAAACUGAGACCCAUCCCCGAGGUGUGUGAAUAUGACUGGAGAAACUAUCACUCCAGCCAGAUGAGUGAAUCCGAGUUGCAGAUGUUGGCAAGCCUACGGCGGCAGCAGAAUGAAGAACUGGAGGGCCCAGGGGCCUCCCAUGGCCUGAGUGCCUCCCAGGUUGACAACUGUAAUGUCAGCAUAAGUACCAGCAGUGACGACACGACCACCUGGAGCUCCUGCCUGCCACCACCUGUCAACCAGGGUCGUCAUUAUCAGAAAGAAAUGAAUCCACCUUCUCCUUCUAACCCCAGGGACUGGUUGAACAUGUUGAGCCCACCAAUUGUUCCUCCAAGCCAGCAGUCAACCGGGCAGGAUCCGGAAUUCUCUGGAAGUCGUAGUGCUCAAGGUGAGGAAGACCUGAGUGUGGAUGAGGACGAAGAAGUGCUGACACUGCUCUAUGACCCGUGUCUGAACUGUUACUUUGACCCCCAGACUGGGAAAUACUACGAGCUGAUAUAACGCGACAUUCCAAGGCACAAAACGGGCACUGUAGUCAGAGUGAUAAUGACCAUGCAGUGUCAAGAGGCUCCAUGCUGGGGGUGCUGGGCAGGCCCACACAGUCAGAAGGAACCGAGAGAAAUGAAUUCGCUCUGUAAAUAAUGUCCAGUGUUACCAAUACCUACCUUCUCAUAGAUUUUAUGAUUUUGAAAUUUGAGGAAUUCAUACAGACACAAGAUUUUGGAACUUUGAAUUGGUUCUUUCUUGUUCAUUCUCACAUCUGAUUGUUUAUUUCAUGCAGGUUUAUGUGAAUGAAUUAGGAGUUAACUCAGAUUUUUUUUGCAGUUUUAAAUGGCAAAUAAUGGUUUGAUAUACAGAAAAUGUAUUCUUGUUUAAACAAUUGAGCA